AUGGACGAUUCAAGCACAAGAAGCCAAAAGAAGAAGAAGAAGCUUCAAAGAGACAACAACAACAACAGCAAAACCAUUAAUCCAAAGAACAAGAACAACAUCCCAACUGUUUGGUUCUCGCUCAAGAAAUCUCUCCACUGUAAAUCCGAACCAUCCGAUGUCCACGACCCCAAAUCCACAAAACACCUCUCCUCAAUCUCCACCAAGAGAAUCUCCGGCGGUGUCAACGCCGGCAUCGCCGCCGGAGUAGGAUGCGGCGGUGGCUUAUCCGGAUGUUCAAGAUCGAUAGCGAAUCUCAAAGACGUAAUCCACGGAAGCAAACGGCAUUUCGAGAAGCCGCCGAUAAGUAGUCCUCGUUCUAUCGGAAGCAACGAGUUUCUCAAUCCCAUAACUCACGAAGUUAUCCUCAGUAACUCGACUUGCGAGCUCAAGAUCACCGGCGUCGGAGACAUGACUUCACCGCUCGGAGCAGCGGAAUCCGGCAGUGGCGGAGGAGGAAACGGAAACGGUCGUUCCACCACGUUUGUGGGGAUGUUGAGGCCAGGAACGCCGAUGCAUUAUCUAAAUCACUCGGCUUCUUACCGGAGCCAAGCGUCGUCGACGCCGCCGGGAAGAAAGGGCUCGUUUAAUUCGUCGGAGAGAGACGGAAGAGGAGGAGGAGGAGAAACGUUAGGGUUUCACACAAACCGGAGAGUUUCUCUGGAGAUGAACAGAGAUUCAGCUACUAAUGGUGGCAAUUCCUCUGUUUCUUGCCAUAAAUGUGGUGAACAGUUUAAUAAACUCGAAGCUGCAGAAGCUCAUCAUCUCUCCAAACACGCCGUGACGGAGCUAGUGGAAGGCGAUUCGUCGAGAAAGAUCGUGGAGAUAAUCUGCAGAACGAGCUGGUUAAAGUCAGAGAACCAAUGCGGAAGAAUCGACCGGGUCUUGAAAGUGCACAACAUGCAGAAAACGCUGGCUCGGUUCGAGGAAUACAGAGAGACGGUGAAGAUCAGAGCGAGCAAGCUCUCGAAGAAGCACCCGAGAUGUCUCGCCGACGGGAACGAGCUUCUCAGGUUCCACGGAACAACAGUCGCUUGCGGUUUAGGGAUAAACGGGUCGACGAGUCUCUGCACGGCGGAAAAAUGCUGCGUCUGCCGGAUUAUACGGAACGGGUUCUCGGCGAAACGGGAGAAGAACAACGGGAUUGGGGUUUUCACGGCGUCGACGAGCGGGAGAGCGUUUGAGUCGAUAUUGGUCAACGGGGAUGUUGAUCGGACGGUGAGGAAAGUGUUGAUUGUGUGUAGGGUGAUCGCCGGGAGAGUGCAUCGGCCGGUGGAGAAUGUGGAGGAGAUGAAUGGGUUGAUGAGUGGGUUUGAUUCAUUGGCCGGGAAAGUUGGGUUGUAUACAAAUGUGGAGGAGCUUUAUUUGCUUAAUCCUAGAGCUUUGCUUCCUUGCUUUGUGGUAAUAUGCAGAUCCUAG